AGUUUCGCACAACAAUAACAAGUCAUAGCAAACAGUGGAUUGGUACGGGCAGCAUUCCAGAAAAGAGCAACCCGACAAAAGUCCUCCCAUAUGGCCUUCCGUGGCCUUCCGUAAUUGCUUUGCGGGAUGGUGUGUUGCGUUUGAGUGCUUCCGGCUCCCCAGUGCAGGAAGUGUGCCCCAUUGCCAGACAGUCUCGCGCUCUAUCAACCAACCCCCAGUGCAAACGUACACACUCCAUCAUCGUCCCGGGAUCAGCACGCCCCUGCCGUAGCGCGGAACCCGUUUCAGCAUAAUUACAUCGUCAAUCAGGUGGCAUUCCUCGGCCGAACGACGACGUGUUGUGCAAUCGACUCGAGCUGGUUCCAACCCGCCUAACCGGCGAUGUGAUGUGGCACCGUUUUUCGGAACUCUCCUCUUCGUCGCUUUAGUUGUACACAUACACACCCAGCAUCCACAGUACCACAGGGAAGAUCGCACGAUGGAUAAGGUGGAAAAGAUAUUCUCCAUCAAAACGCCCCGCAUCAAGCAGAAGGAUCUGAAGUGCCGCAACGGGUGCGGAUUUUAUGGCAACGCGCAAUGGAACGGCCUGUGCUCGAAGUGUUAUCGCGAGCGGUCCCUCAAGGAACGGCAUACGAAGCCAUUUCGACUGUCCAAGAGUGAUCAGCAGCAAAAGUCCGGCGCGGAUCAGGCGUCCGCUUCCCAUAGUCAGUCGGUGCCGCAACAACAACAGCAACACUCCCACCAACAGCAAUCGUUGCACUCGAAAUUGAUCCCGAAGCUAUCGGGUGAGCGGGACGAGAAGAAGAAAAAGUUGAAUUUGAUAGACUUUAUUAAAAAAUCGACCCCCGGGAGAGAUUCAGAAAAAUCGCGCCAUCACAGCAGGCAACCGAUCGAGAAGCUCGAGCAGGAGUACGUGGACGCGCUGAAGGCACUCAAGAUCGAGGAGGCGGCCAAACAGGAGCUGAAAUACUUCAUACACAUGCUCGACCAGCAGAUACGCAAAAAGUAUGCGGCGGUCAGCGUGGACGAGCUGUCCGAGCUGGUGCAGAACGGGUACAGCAAGUUCCGCGACUACAUGCAUAUGGAAAACUCCAAGUUUGCCGGCGCGACGGAGGAAAUGCGCGAGCAGGUGCUCGACUUUUUCGAGCGCUGCAUCAUGACGAAGAACCACAAGUAUCUGUUCUCGCCGCCGUCCACCGACGACGAGGACAACGAUUCGUACAUUCACAAGCGCAUCCGGCAGCUGAACUGGAUCACGGCCGAGCAUCUGAUGUGCAGCAUCGACGAGGUGAACUCGGAGGUGCGGGAGCUCGCGUACACCGCCAUCACCGAGCUGGCAUCGGUGGAUUCGUUCCUGUCGCCGCAGGAAAAGCUCGACUGCAUCGUGCGCUGCUGCCGGCAUAUCUUUAGCUUCCUGAAGAAAUCGGUCCAAGGGCCGGCCAGUGCGGACGACUUUCUGCCGGCGCUGAUCUUCGUGGUGCUGAAAUCGAACCCGGUGCGACUGCACAGCAAUAUUAACUUUAUUACUCGGUUCAGCAACGCUUCGCGGCUGAUGAGUGGCGAGGGCGGCUACUGUUUCACCAAUUUGUGUUGUGCAAUUUCGUUCAUCGAGAACAUUUCGGCCGAGUCGCUCUCGUUGACGCAGGCCGAGUUUGAUAGUUUCAUGUCGGGCGAGCACGAGGGCACGUCGGCGUGGGAAAGUGCACUGAUCGCAUGCGAAAGCUUGCACCAGAUAUCGGAAAACAUGAAGGUGAUGAAAACGAUUGCGGCGAAAAAGGAGGUGCUGUAUAGCGGAAUCAUUGCGCUGAACGAAGAGAUUGACACUUUUGGGCAAGAGAUUCGACAAACGGUAGCGGAGGUGCUUGACCGCACGCCGCUCGUGCUAUUGCCCUGCAAAACGCCGGCUCGCGUUGUGGCCAUGCGACAGCAGUACCUGUCGUCCUCGGUCGGAGCCGGCUACGUUGACCCUGACUCGGUACAGCCCGCGCUCGGUGGCGGCCAUUUUACCUCAAACUUGGUAGCAGCCAACAAAACGGUCAACAUUGAAGCUGCCAGCAGCAAACCAAAGACGGUGGUGGUCGGUACCGCAUCCAACCAUCAGCCUCCGGCGUCCGGUAGCAGCGCGGCCGGCGAGGUAGAACAGCUGGUGCAAAGUCUGUCCAACACGCUGACGACGCCGCUGGUGUCGGUCGAUGCUGGGCCGUCGGAAACGGUCGCCCCAUCGUCACCGUUCUACGGUACGAUGAGUGCGAGCAAUUCGGCCGACCUGCUGUCGGCCUCGCCCUCGUUUGACUACAACAACAUCUUCGAUGCGCAAUCGCUGGACGGGCUGGCCACGCCGGACGAUCUGGCGACGGAUUUCAUCCGCGGCAUACGCAACAUCAACUACGACUUUGACUUUUCCGACCACAGCGGGGAGAACAGCACGGCGGAGGACUUUGACCCGCGGGCCACGUUUAAACCGGUCCCGGCCGUACCGACGGAACCGACGAAACCGCCGAUCACACCGUUCGAUCUGGAAGAGUUUGAUCCGCUUCUGCAGAAGGACGGGGCCGGAUCGACUGGUCAGCGUCCGGCGGAACCGUUGCUGCCGCUACCGUUACAGCCAUCGACGGUAGUGGCGAGUGGGGGUGCCGGUACCGGCGGUGGCAGUCUGCUGGAUGAUUCUCCCGGUUCGCUGAUGCUGGAGUCACCGCUGAAACCGACCGUCGCCGACUUUCAUGGGUUAUCGCUGCACGGGUGCAACAUUCCGACGAUAACGUGCGCGACCGGCGUUUUACAUCCUCCACCGGCUGGCGGUGGUGGGAGCGGUGGGAGUGGACAGAAUGGGCCAAAGGCUACGUCGAGCGGUCGGAACGCUAACAAUGACACUAGCUUAAUCUAAACCGGUGCAAACGAAGGGGACGUUGGCGUUGAUAGUGACUUGUUAUUGUAUAUUGUUUGCAACAGUGCGGGAGCACAGUGGACGGUUAAGAUAAAAAUGGAACAAAAAUUGUUUGUUAUUUGUUUAGUACAAGAAGAAGAAGGAGAAUAAAAAAAUAAACACACUUAUUUGCUAAUUCAAUCGAA